AGUUGGGAACAGUUGUCGGGUAUUCGGUUCGCUUCGAAGACAUGACUUCAUCGCAAACUAAGAUCAAGUACUUGACUGACGGAACACUUCUUCGCGAAGCCAUUAGUGAUCCACUUCUUCACAAAUACAAAGUCAUUAUCUUAGACGAAGCCCACGAACGCACUGUUCAAACGGAUCUACUCUUAGGUGUGAUUAAAAAAGCGCAACGACUCCGAAACCAACAGCACAUCCCUGUUCUCAAAGUGAUCAUAAUGUCUGCGACCAUCGAUUGCGACCAUUUCUCGCAAUACUUCAAUAAAGCGCCCGUUUAUUACAUAAGAGGCCGACAGCACGACAUUCAGAUGAUGUAUUCAAAGGAAAAGCAAAGCGAUUAUAUGAACGCCGCUCUCAUUACUGUCUUUCAAAUCUACCAAAACCAAGACGAGGGAGAUAUUUUGGUAUUUAGUACCGGAGAGGAAGAAAUUGAGUCAAUGAUUCGUUCUGUCAACGAAACGAUUCCUCUUUUGCCAUUAGAAUCUCAGAAAUUGAAAGCCCUUCCACUCUAUGCAGCCCUUCCUCUAUCUCAUCAGCAAAGAGUCUUCAAAACACUC